AUGCGUUUCAAUGAUGGUGCAGUCGACAGCCAAGGCCGAUUUUGGGCCGGAGCGAUGAACGACCCGAAGAUCAAGAAGCCAGAAGCAGAAGGAGUCCUAUUCAGACUAGACCCAGAUCAGACUGUGCACCAUAUGCUAGCACCGGUGACGAUCCCCAACGGGAUCGGGUGGAACCUAACCGACGACGUGAUGUACCUGACGGAUUCGCCGACAGGCAAGAUCUUUGCCUUUGACUUCGAUGCGUCCAGCGGCGCGAUCAGCAACCGCCGAGUGCACUUCGAUAUCGGCAAUGCACUAGAGCCCGAUGGCUUCGCUAUUGAUGUCGAGGGCUGCAUCUGGAGCGCUGUCUAUGGCGGCGGAAAGGUACUGCGCAUUUCCCCGGCCGGAAAGGUUAUCGGUCAGAUCGAUCUCCCGACGCGCAACGUGACCUGUCCAGUCUUUGUUGGCACCGAGUUGUUUAUUACUACUGCCAAGGAUGACCAUGAUGAUGACCAGCUGCCGCAGUCGGUUAGGUAUAGCGGCCGGGUUUUCAGGGUUGAUGUCGGGAUCCGUGGCGUGCCUAAGAAUGAGUUUCGGUUUCAGGGCUAG